AUGUCGUUGGUGAAGUGCAAUAAGUGUAAUAUUGUUAUAGACGAAUUGUUAGCUUAUGUGCAGAAUAAGCUGUCUAUUAUUGACGAAGACAGUUUGAUGCGAAUAUGUGUUUCGGCUUUCAAGAGCGAAGAAAUUAAACGAUCGAAACAGCUGUUAUUUGAAUCGCUCCCAACGGAAAAGAGGAUGAUAACUCGUAAAAACGCAGGAAAAGAAAACAGAGACCUUGCUGAUAUAAUUUCGCUUCUUAAAGGAACAAACUCUGAAUUAGUACCGAUAUUUGUGGCCCGUAGUUUGGAAAAAUUACCUCCUCUUACGUUCGAUCACUUGGAUGUCACGAAAUUGCUAAAGGACUUGGUGCUUAUGCAGACGGAGAUAAGGGACAUAAAAGAAAAAUAUGCUACAAAAGAUCAACUUAAGGACGAAAUUUUAAGGCUGACACCUAUAGCACCUACACCUGACCCGUUAUCAGUGCCCAGUCGUUUUCGUAGUUUUAUUAAUGUAAACACAAAGCGAGGCGGUUAUGUGGACAGCGGACCGACCGGACUUUCUCAACUAGACACAACUACAAAUUACAAUACUAGCUAUAAUAAAAUAAGUGCUUCAUCUCCUAAGCAAAAUAGUGAAGAAUCGGUCAUGGAGUACCCGCUGAGUAGCAACGACCGCGGUGACGUCACCUUCACAGCUGAGCGAUAUCGGUCGAGCGACGGCGCCGGAUCAGCCGAUGCCUAUAAUAAAUGCAAGUACAACAAAUAA